CCGCCCCGCGUGGGACGUGUGCCGGGCACGGCACACACCCACCCCGAAACCCAUGGAUGAUGUUCUACAGAAGCUACAAGUCGUAUUGCCAUCGGCUGCAGCAUGACAUGUAUUUCCUUACAAGCACUAGCCGACUGAAUGAGCAAGUGGUUGAUAAAAUAGUUCUUCAGCUCAACAGAGUCUAUCCCCAAAUUCUUACCAAUGAAGAAGCAGAAAAGUUCAGGAACCCAAAAGCAUCACUCCACACCAGGCUCUCAGAUCUGCUAAAACACCUCCAAAAGAAAGGAGACAGACACUGUCAGGAGUUUUACAGGGCUCUGCAGAUCAAUGCUGAACAGCUGUUUAAUGACCUGCCAAGCAGGAAAAUCUUGAAAACCCCAGAUCCCACAGAGAUAGACACUGACAAGGAGCAAUAUAUGCUAAAUGACAGGGGCCCGGUGUUCUUCCUGGCGUGUUUCAGCGUGGCUGCAGGGCUGGCCCUUGUCUGGUACUGCUGUAACUCAGAAACGCAAGUCAUAGGAAGAGCCAGGAGAAUCUUGGGUUUUUCUCCUAUUAUCAUAGGAGGACAUGUUAGAAAUAUUUGUAUGUUGUAUUUGGAAGACAUGUCAAGAAAUUAAGGAAAAGCUGUCUCUUUGCUUGUCUGUACAGUACACCAAAGGAAGCCAACAGUGGAUAAAAAUGUCCUGAACUCAUACCAAAGAUUUUAGUAACUAGCUUAAUCAAUAAUUGCCUUGCCUCCAGAUGUAUUCGAAAUUUCAGCCAUAAAUGUCCUUCUUUAUGGGAAUGGACCAUUUAUUUUUGUAAAUGCUUGAAGUAUUUAUUGUUUGUAUAAAAAAUAUUUUUAUUAUAAGCUUUAAAAUGAUCUCUUAAGUGCGCAUGGGUCUGAAGCCAUGUUUGCAUAUGUGUUUUCUAUACUGGAAUGAAGGAUCACAACUGUUUGAAGAACUCUGGCUUUCCUUUUGUGAGAAUUAAUUUAAGAAAAGAACUUAAACACAUGCACUCAAAGUCCUUACUAAGAAAUGGAUCUCCAUCUCAGAACUGUUUUGUCUAGACCCUUUAUAGUCACUGCCUGAGCUCAGGUGCACUGGCACCUGGAAAAAGUUUAAGGGCGCCAGUUCCCUUGAUGUGUGCCUCGUAUUCAUUGUGUCUUCUGAUUCCCAGUUGGUGCCUCAUCCCAGUCUGCCUUGUUCCCAGUCUGCCACAGCUGCUGGCCCUGGUUUGAAUGCCCUGGAGCUGUUGCAGGCUGCUUCCCAGCCCAUGGGCUCUUUCAGGCAGUGGAAUGUCUGACCUGAAGCACUUCAGACUACCAAGAAAAUGUUCCAGAUUCAUUUAGCUUUCCCUUUCCCAGUGAAGUAAAGGGAGACUGCAGAGAGACCUGGACACAUGGGAGGGCUGGACAAUCACCAACCCAGUAAAGUUCUACGAGGGAAAGUACCAGAUUGUGCACUUGGGAUGGUGCAACCCUGGAUGUAGGGACAGGCUGGGGAAUGAGAUGCUAGAGAGCAGCACCAUGCAAAGGGACCUGGGAAUCCUAGUGGAUGGAAAGUUGGCUAUGAGUCAGCCCAGCCUGGCAGCCAGGGGGAACAUCCCUGUUGUGGGGGCACCGGGCCCAGCAUGGGCAGCUGGGCCAGGGAGGGGAUUGUCCCUCUCUGCUCUGCGCUGGGGCGGCCUCAGCUCCAGUGCUGGGGGCACUUUGGGCAUCACAAUAUAAGAAAAUAUUAAACUACUAGAGAGCUUU